AUGAGUAAUUACGAUAGUCCAUCUACAGUAUCUAUCAUCUUAUAAUCUUUUCUAGAAUUCAAAAUAUAGUAGACAUAAAGGUUAUUUAAAGUGGGAACUUGCUAAUAAGGAUGUUAAUGGUGCAUUUGAUGAUCAAUAACUAUAAUAUGAAAAAGGACUCCUUAUUCGUGAUAAAUAAACAAAUUCUUAAAUGAUACCUUCAAUAAAAUCUGUCUAACCAUCAUAAAUUAGUCCUGAUGUUUCAACAAUAAGAGAACAUAUCUGUUGUGAUAAAUUAGAUGAAUUAAGCAAGUAAUAUGUAAUAAACAUUAAAAUUAUAUGUAGUAAUAUAUUAUCAAUGAACAAAUGAAUAAAUUAACUGAAUUGAAUUUAUUGAUAUAAUAACAUUCUAAACUUUUGAUUGAUUCUUACAAUUAAGGAUUGGAAGAUGCUAAAACACAAUAAAUAAAAGAAUAAUAAAUAAUUGAAAAUAAUCGUUUAAUCAGAGAAAGGGAUAGAUAGAUUUAAGAAUGGGAAGAAAAAUAUAAUAAAGAGAAAAAGAUUGGGGAUGAAAAAGAAGAAGAGAUUCGGUAAAUAUAUAUUUUGAUAUAAUAGUGAACUUGAAAAAUAAUUGAAAGAAUUAUAAACAUAAGUUGUAAUAACUACAAGUUCAACUGAUUUGGAAAAUGAGAAAAAUUAAUGGAAAAAUAAAUUUAUUACAUUAAAUAAAUAGUUUAAUGAAACUGAAUAAUAAGUAGUUGUACUUGAAAAUGAAAUUGAUAUGUUAAAAUAAUAACAAAAAAAGACUGAAGUUAGAGUAAAUAUUUAAUUUCAAAGUUUAGACAACCACUAGAAGAAAAACAGUAACAAAAGAUAUUCCUUUACCAUGA